GCAUCCCCUCGUAUUGCCUCUGGUCAUUAUCAGUCAGUAUCUGCUGCUGCUGCUCCUCCUCCUGUUCCUCCUCGUUUUGACCGGUGUACUGGACAAAUUGAUCCAGGUGAAAGAGAUACGAAGGCCGGCGAAACGAAGAGAGUCGCCGUUGGCGAAUGCUGCCUACGGUGCAGAGCUCCGCCAGGAGAAAGAGGAGAAAAAAGCGGAUGAGAAGCGAAGGAAGCUGGGAAGAGGACUAGCGCUGUGUAAUGGCGCAGACACGGAUGAAACUGCGGGUGCGACGCCGGGACGUGGCAACAGGAGGUGAAGAGUCGACGCCGGCUGAAGAGCAGCGCCGUGAGAUCGGCACUCGCUCAAGCAGUCGCCGGAAAAAACCCAACAGCAACGCUGCAGCCUCCUCCACCUCGCCCCCCUCAACCUCCACCUCCUCUUCUUCAACCAGGACUGCAAUGGUUGUGGCAGCUGAGGACACGUCCCCUGACUCCAAGUGUCCCAUCUGUCUGGACCGCUUCAACAACCUGGCCUACCUGGAUCGCUGCCUUCACCGCUUCUGCUUCCCCUGCAUCCAAGAGUGGUCCCACAACAAGGCCGAGUGUCCGCUCUGCAAGCAGCCCUUUGCCUCAAUCCUGCACUCAGUGCGGGCUCAAGACGACUUCAAAGAGUACACGCUGCAACCAGCGCCUGCAGCCAGUGGGGGCAACAGCAGUACGGCCGCUGCAGCUGCUACUGCUGCUGUCGUGGCUGCAGUCGCUGCUGCUGCUGCCAGAAAUGAACAUCAGAUGAGGCUGAUGCUGCGGAGAAGACGUAGAACGGCUGCAGACACAGGAGGAGACAAUACUGCCAGGAGUUACCUCCAUGGAGAGACACCUGUGAGGAGGUGGAGGAGGGAGCGAAGCGGCAGAGCAGGAGGGGGAGCCGGUGGGAGCAGCAGCAGUGAGUAUGGCACGGCCUGGGAGUGGCACUUUGAUGGGCCUCCCCCUGCUUCAUUUUCUCCCCUCCAUUAUCCUCCACAACCUCCACCUGCCCUUUCUUCUGGGGUGAGACAGGACGGAGGUGGAGAGGAUGAGCAAGAGCGCCAGAGAACGGGGGCAGUGGCCGAUGCUGAGGGCCACAGCACAGGCCUGAGCUCGCCACCAAAAAACCUUGUGAGUUAUGAGCGUGUGUCGCAGCGUCUGAUGCGGUGCCUUUUGGCAAGGCGGCACUCACAGCAGGCUGGAACACUGCAGACACUCUCUGAAAGAGAAACUCUGAGGCUACGCCGUGCACUUUACUACUGUGGUGUCCGAGUGCAUGGUGUCGCUGGCAUCAGCGGCCCUGAAGAUGCUCCACGAGAAAUCACAGCCGACAGCUUCCACCGCCACCGAUCUAACAUGAACAGAUUGGUGCCGUGGCUGCGUCGCGAGCUUACAGUACUGUACGGCACCCAAGCCCACCUGGUGGACCUGGUCCUGGGCAUCAUCGCCGUCCAGGUCUCACGGCAUGGGCUGGAGAACCUGGCAGCCCUGGAGGCAGAGCUUCGGCCAUUCUUGCUGAUUCGCACAAACCACUUUGUCCACGAGCUGCUCAGCUUUGCACGCUCACCGCUCACGAUGGAGCUGUAUGACAUGCUAGCUACCUACGAGCCGCCAACAGUUGCCACCGCUGCCAUUGCAGCUUCAGAGACGGACAGACUAAGCAGCCCCUCUGGUGGAAGCUCCGUCAUUGCCAUAUCUGAAGAUGAGGAGGAGAGUGGAGGGGGAAGGAGCGCUGUUGAUGAUGUGGUCCAAACAGGAAGCCUCAAUCUGUCUCUGUGGGACGAUGAAACACCCGGGCCAUCCUACUCCACCGCUGAGACGUUAAGUUCUCUCAACACGCUGCAGCAGGAGUCAACCAAUCAGGAGACAGGGCAACAGGAGGAAGACGAGGAGGAGGAGUGUCUGAUAGUUGGAUACAAGAAGCCUAUCGCAGAGCGAACUCCUGAGCUGGUCCAGCUCUCCUCUGACACAGAAGAAGAAAAUACAGACAACAAAACCAAGGAAGAGGAGUCAACAGAGAAGGGUCUGUCUCUGCCCUCCAUCACCUCCACUACUGCAGACCCUCCUUCCUCUUUCCUACCCACAAUCCCUCCCUCUACAUCUGGAACCUACAAAGAGGGGCAGGCCACAGAAGAUGCUGACACCUCCCGCCCACGUUCACGUUCCUGGUCGGCAAGUUCUGGCAAGAGUAGAGACUCUGUGUGUGUGCUCACACCGAGCAAAGACAAGGGGAGGAGGCAGAGAAGGAGCAGGAGCAGGCAGAAGAGGAGCGGGACCCUCAGUAAUCCAAACCGCUCUAUUUAUCCUGCUCUGAUGAGCCACCGUCGCUGCCACAGCCCCUCGUCUGUCCACUCCAGCAUGGAUUCAGGUUCACCAUUGUCCCCGUCCAGCCCAUUGGACCUAAGUUGUUCCUCCUCCCCCUCCCCCUCUCUCUCCACACAGCGGUCCUCACCACAGACGCCUCCCACACCGCAACUGCAGAACUCCCCUUGUGAUGCUCGCCACCGAGAGAAACCUGGCGGCAAGAGGAAGUACAAGAGCCGACACCUGGACAACAACGACAAAGACCCCAGCUGGAGGCCGGGUGGAGAAGAGUGUAAAGAGAAGAAGGCGGAGAGUGAUGAGAAGAGAAGAAGGAGAAGAAGGGCGAGAGAGGACAGGGAGAGAAAGAAGAGGAGAAGAGAGAGUGACAGACACUGUGGACAGAGCAAUAGCAGGAAGUGCAGAGAGGAGCGCAGUCCCAGCGUGGAGAUCAUCUUCGAGCGAACUGCUCCUUCUUGUGAUGUCACGCUGCUUCCGGCACACAAGCAUCGCAGGAGACGACAGCACACAGCAAUGCGCAGCAGCUCUCCUGUCGUCAUCACCUUGGACAGUGACAGCAGCUGUGACCGUGUCAACGUGAAGAACUUCAGCAGCAGCAGCAGUCCGCUCAGCAGCCAGCAGACCGUCGACUUCUCAGACCUUCCUCCUCUCCCCUUGGUGCAUUCCUCGGGGAUGGGCGGGACCUUGGGUGAGGAGAUUGGAGACCUUCCCGUUGACAUUCUGGAUCGCAGUUCUGAUGUCUCGGAGGUGGAGGUACAGGAUCGGUCCAAAGCAAAAGGUGCUAUUGCAGUUGAAAGCCUAGACAACAGCGAUCGUGAAGUUGAUGUGGAAAAUGAUGAUGCAGAAGGGCCAUCUUUAAGCCCAAGUAAACCAAUCAGGACUAACAAUCCAAAGCCUGCCUCGACUUCUGACACACGUCUGUUAGCGACUGUCCUGGAUGAUCUAAAGGACAUCGUUCAACCUCACUGUAGCUUUGAUUCCAGGAAGGAGCCCUUUCAGCCUCCAUGUAAGAAGCAUGAAGGCCAGUCGUCUCAGCCCAGGGAAGAUUUGCCUCAGGAUUUGGAGGUCAAUGACCUUAAGGAUGAAAAUCUGCUGCCUCCUCAGCCGGACCUGGAGAACACAAAAACCAGCCUGGUUGGACCACACAACAGCCAACGUUCCAGAAAGAAUGGAAGUCCACAGUUGUCUUUGUCUGACCGCAUUCCACUCUGUCCUUCUGAUGUUGUUGCGAAACUUUCCGUUGAUCAAGAUCCAAAUCUCGGCCCCUCCCAGAUUGACUCCGAUCAUGUAAGUCCAACAAUUACAACGCUUAAGAAGCAUUUCGCUGGUUCACUGGAGUUAAGAGGUGUCCCAGUGUCAACAGGCUUUCAACCCUCCCCUCUUCUGGUGUCCUCAGAAUCCCAGUCAGGUGCUCCUGACAUUGAGGGAUCAACCACCGACUUUUGCAAAACUUCUGUUGAUUCACAUUUAUCUUCCACGCCUGAAAAGAGUUCUCCAGGUGCUGACUGCUCGCCACAUCCAAACUUGACUAAUUCUUUAAUCUUGCAGUCUGGUUCCAAGGUCACUUCUUCUCACUGUGGAAGUGCUCUCCUUCCCUCGCAUCAUUCCCUUUCUACAGAUCCUGGCUGGUCUGAGGAGGGUGCCCAUCACAGUGCCUCUACUGUCCGAGGUUCUGAGAGCUCCAAUGUUAGCUGUGCAGAAGCUAGUGCUGGAGAGGCAACAGCGCCAGCUGCAGGCAGCAGCAGUUUCUCUAGAGUUGCUUCUAAAAACAUGUCGCCUCCUGUUUCAGUUUCUUCUUCUGACGCCCUGACUCUGAACUCUUUCGCAACUGUAGGGUCCCACUCCUCACAAAGGUCGCAAAGUUUUUUUGAUCUGCUCUCCUCUAACAAAAACGAUCCUGUGUCAAAAAGGUUUCACGAGUCCACAGGAAGUCCCAACUGGACCUUUGAUUGCCGCCGUCCCAGCGAGACUUCAUCAGACGCCAAUCCAGAUGGUCGUGAGCAACCAGUUGAUUCGAACUCUACGAGUUCUUUAGCAGCUGACAGACCAGCUGACAGUUUGGACACCGCUGUGACAGACAGACGCCUCAACCACACAGCCUUACCUUCCUCUACGGUCCACAUCAACAACACAAAGCGGAGUACUUCUUCAGAACAGAUUGUGGAUUCUAAACAUCCGAACCGCCUCGGGUCCUGCUAUGACUCGCUGCUCACUCUUAAGAACUGCCAACUUUCCAUCGACUCCAAAACCUUUGGCAGAGAUGAUUGUUUAGCAUCUUCCACAGCGACCUCGGAACCCGUCUCUGGGGACAUCCACUUAGACUCUCGGUCGCCAGUUGAGGAACCAUCACCAACGAGUAUUUGGACUAACUCUGCCACUUAAACCAGAUCAAUGUAAAGGUCAGAGAACUUUUUAUUUUAUUUUAAUUUUUUUAAGGUAAGUGCUUUUUAAAAAAAACAUAUUUCCGACAAUUCCAGGUUUUUAUGACGAUAAGGACAAAUAAAACACAUUUUAAUAAAAAGCACUGUUCAAAUUUUAACCUGAACAUUUUCCUAAUCAUUAAAUGAAGGUGCAACUGAAAUUCAAUUGUGAAGAAAAUAAAUAUUUGUGGUUAAAUGGACACAACAUCCACUCCAUUAUGGGGGAGUAGUCUUCAUAACAUUUAAUUUCAGGGUUUAAAGGGUUUCUUUCAUAAACCCGUCAUCAUGUAAACAAGUCUGUGAAUCUACCAAAUAAAUAUUUGGUCAAAAA